GAUGAUGCGAAGCAAUUUGAUCUGAACACUUCACAUGUGGACUCUGAAAGAACUUUCUUUAUUCCCUCUCGAGUUCUCACCACCACUAACGGCAGCGUAAAUCCGAGUCGAAGAAGCCGAAGCAGAGCUUUCGAAAGCUGGCUUAGAGUCGGAAGCCAGUCAUGGUAGAGCUAAGACACCCGAGCAGCUCGCUCGGGAGCCGAGUCGCUUCUUCUCCAAUGAAACGCGACGAGGACACCUCUCCUCUGAUCCAUGAUCACUUUUCCCAGCACGUCGAGGAUCACCCUCGCCAUUCUUCACGAGAUCGUGAGCGUUCCUUUUGGUGGCAAACUUACUCCUUUUCCCCUUUCUCCAAGGAUGAUCCUAGGUUUUCUCAACGCGGCUCCAGGAUCUCUCUUUUCUUGCUCCUUUUUGUCGCCAUUGCUGGAUUGAUCUCCAUUUUCUCGAUCUUGCAUCGAUUAAAUUCCCCGUAUUUAUGUAAAAAGGAUGGCAUUGUUCUGCAUUGUCCGCGUGUUAAGGAGAAGCCUUCACUUUGGGAGAAUCCUUUCUCUGCAACUACUUCUUGGAAGCCCUGUGCUGAGCGCCGUGAAGGUGGAAUAUCAGAUCUUCCUCCUGAGAAUGAAACAAGUGGUUAUCUAUUCAUUCAUGCUGAGGGUGGUCUAAAUCAGCAAAGAAUUGCGAUAUGUAAUGCAGUGGCUGUGGCUAAAAUUAUGAAUGCCACUCUUAUCUUGCCAGUGCUGAAGCAGGACCAGAUUUGGAAAGACCAAACCAAAUUUGAAGACAUUUUUGAUGUUGAUCAUUUCAUCAACUACUUGAAGGAUGACGUGCGAAUUGUUCGUGACAUACCUGAGUGGUUUACUGACAAAUCAGAAUUAUUUACCAGUAUAAGGCGGACAGUGAAGAACAUUCCAAAAUAUGCUCCAGCACAAUUUUACAUUGACAAUGUGCUGCCUCGAAUCAAAGAGAAGAAGAUAAUGUCUCUAAAACCUUUUGUUGAUAGACUUGGGUAUGAUAAUGUCCCUCCAGAAAUUAACAGGCUAAGAUGCAGAGUCAAUUAUCAUGCUCUUAAAUUUCUCCCAGAGAUAGAGCAAAUGUCAGAUUUAUUGGUAUCAAGGAUGAGGAACCGCACAGGAAGUCCGAAUCCUUACAUGGCUUUACAUCUUAGGUUUGAGAAAGGGAUGGUGGGCCUAUCAUUUUGUGAUUUUGUUGGAACUAGGGAGGAGAAAGCUAGAAUGGCAGAAUACAGACAAAAAGAAUGGCCUCGACGGUAUAAGAAUGGAACCCAUCUGUGGCAGCUGGCUCUGCAGAAAAGGAAAGAAGGAAGGUGUCCUCUUGAACCUGGGGAAGUGGCAGUGAUUCUUCGAGCCAUGGGCUAUCCGAAGGAAACACAGAUUUAUGUUGCUUCUGGCCAGGUUUAUGGUGGUCAGAAUCGGAUGGCACCCUUGAGGAACAUGUUCCCAAAUCUGGUUACCAAGGAAGAGUUAGCAAGUAAGGAGGAGUUAGCUGCUUUCAGGAAGCAUGUAACAAGCUUGGCAGCUCUUGAUUUCUUGGUCUGCCUGAAGUCUGAUGUGUUCGUGAUGACGCAUGGUGGCAACUUUGCUAAGUUGAUAAUUGGAGCAAGAAGGUACGUGGGUCACCGUCAAAAAUCCAUAAAACCAGACAAGGGGCUUAUGUCCAAAUCUUUUGGGGAUCCUUAUAUGGGGUGGGUGAAUUUUGUCGAGGACGUGGUUAUCACCCACCAGACACGAACUGGAUUGCCGGAAGAGACCUUCCCAAACUAUGACCUUUGGGAGAACCCCCUAAGUCCUUGCAUGUGUAAAGCCUGAUAGCGUACGUAUAUCAUUUCGGCUUCACUAGUUUAUUUUUCAGGAUCAUCACCGAGACGCAACUGCAUCUCUAUCUGCAUUCUGAAUAAAUGGAAAUUCUUUGACUCACAAGCUUCAAGGAGGGAGAAAACAGAUGAAAAAAAUAACAUCAUUCGGCCGGAAAAGAGUGCCGACAGAGAGGUGAUUGGGCUAAUUGGAAAUUGACUUUGUGAGGCUGCCUUUACCAAUGGGACGCUCAGCGUUUGCAGUUUUGUUUCUCUCCAAAAUUAAAAACAAGCAGAUUGAUUUAUUAACAUGUUUGCCCCUUUCUUUUAUCUAUUGUUUUUACUUUGUACCUUCAAGCAUCAAGAUUCAGGACGUGUAAAUUAUUAAUGACCUAAUUAUUUUGUGACCAUUUUACUUUUUUAUAGAUUGUGUUUAUACACAAA